GAAAGUAAUUCAAUUCGCUACUGACAGUACUCCCACUUGAGUACUCGCAUCACACGAUUUGUUUGUCUUCUUAUAAAACACUGCGUUCUUUCGUUAUAUUGUGACUCCUGAGUCAACACAUCGAAGUUAACAACCGUUCUACUAACUCAGAACUAUGCAUUCAUUUAUGACCGUUGUGGUUUUGGGCACAUGCAUGAUGGCUGUGUGCCUGGCAAUGCCUCAAGGCUCUAAAGAUGGAGCUAUUUUCACAAACGAAGCCAUCAGGCAAGCUCAAAGUACACAUCUUAUACCGCAAAAUGCUCAAAUUCAAAAGGUUCAAGAAGGUGUAGAGUUGGUUGCAUACGAGUCGAUACCUGGCUCACAGGCCAUCAACCUGUUCGAGAUCCUCGGCGACCACGUGCCUCCAGAGGUGGUUAGCAAUCUGCAAACUCAAGUUGAUCAAGUUGGAAAACAGUGAAAACAUGAUAAUAUAAUUUAAUUUGGUCUAUACAUAAUAUUAUUUAGUUUGUCUUCCUAAAAUAAGUCUGAGUAACUUGUGUCAACCGCAGUCCGAAUAAUAAUGUUUUUAUAUUUUCUAAUAUUUUUCAACGUUGAAAUCUAUUACAUAUUAUGCAUUUACGUGAUACGAUUCUUAUAUCUUAUGCAAUAUUGUUAUCGAUUAAUUUUUAACAGAGAAAGUGUUUAUUUUUUGACGGAAGUGCUUUCACCCACUGUUUCAUUAUUAUUAAUAUUUUUUUUUUGACAAAUACUUAUACAUAUAUACAUUAUUUAUAUUAACUUUCUAUGCAUGGAUAAUCAUUAUUUAAUGUCAGUACUUAUAUGCCUUAAAGAUAUUACAAACAAUAAACAUGAUCUGUUAUAAUCAAUUUAUGUAGAUAACACUAUAUACGAAUAUACUAUUAAACCGUGUUUAUGUAUAUUUAC